GUUUGGGAAUAUAAAAGCCGCCACUCGUGGUUUUUCAUAGGUCUCUCUCUCUCACCGUCUCUGUUGUCGGCGCAAAUCGGAGAGUAGGAGAUUCAAACUCAGUUGCUGGAAAAAAUGGCAGCCCCGCAAGCCAAGAGUGGCUUGUUUGUCGGAUUGAACAAAGGACACAUUGUUACCAAGAGAGAGCUGCCACCUCGCCCAUCCAAUCGCAAAGGGAAAACGAGCAAGAGGACACUCUUUAUCAGAAGCCUGAUAAGGGAAGUAGCGGGUUUUGCUCCAUACGAGAAGAGGAUCACCGAGCUUUUGAAGGUCGGAAAGGACAAGCGUGCUCUGAAGGUUGCCAAGAGAAAGCUGGGUACUCACAAGAGGGCCAAACGAAAGAGAGAGGAGAUGUCAAGCGUUCUCCGCAAAAUGAGGGCUGGUGGUGUAUCCGAUAAGAAGAAGUGAUUCCAUAACUCUGGAAUUUGAGCUUGGUUCCUAGAAAUGGUGUUUUCUUUUGCUGAAAGAUUGUGCCUUCGGAUAUUCUCUGUAGCACAGAUUUGCUUGAAUUAUAAGUCUUCUUUCUUAUUAGACAUUGGCCGUUGUAGCCGUUCUUCAUUGCAAUUCCGACAAAUGUUCACCUA